AUGAAAUUAUUUUUAAUUUUCUUAAAAUCGACAAUGGAUAACAAAAUAGAUAGAGAUAAAAUUACUAUAAGCCAUCUUUGUACUGAUCAUGACAUGGAAUUCUCCCAUGUUUGUACUACAUGUAGAGAUGUACCAACAUGCUUAGAAUGUGUAACUUCCACACAUCAAGGUCAUUUUUUAAAAAAAAUUGAACAAAUAACAUUUAAAGAAAAAUUAGAAAACUUUAAAAAAAAUUUAAAAAAAGUUGAGGAUUUAAUAAAAGAUUGUGAAAAAAAUAAACAAAAUCUUUUUAAUCUAUAUAAUCAACUAUCAGAAAUUAUUUCAAAAACUCACCAUUUCAAUUUAGAAAAAAUCAGCCAUUAUAUACAAGAUACCCUGUCAAACUCUGAAAAAGAAAAUAAAGAUUGUGAAAAAAUAAAAAAAACUCUUAACCAAUUAAAUGAUUUUAUCAACAACUUUGAUAUCUCAAAUUUAGAACAAAAAUACCAAAUUUUAAAUUUAGAUAAGAUAUUACAAAACAAUAACAAUAUUUUCAAUAUUAGUAUCAAUAAUAUUAAUAAUAACAUUUUUAAUAAAAAAAAACCCCCUUCAGAAAUUGUAAAAUCAUUUACCUAUAUUAUCGAAACAAUUCAAAAAAUCAUUGAAUUGGAAAAUUUGGAACCUGGAGAUUUACCAGUAACUUAUACAGGCAAAGAUGGUAAUCAGAUUCCAUAUUACCAUCACAAUCUCUCUGACCCAGAGGGUGUAUUCAAUUCAAAGGAUUGCUUAGCUAUUCUCGUUAAACCACAACCCAACGGCUCCACCAUAAUUUCUAUUCCGACCAAAAAUAAAUUAAAAAAACUAUACCUUAUUUUUGGUAUUAUCACUGUAGAAAUUAAUUUUCCUGCCCCAAGUGAAAGUUCAAUAUUUCAGAGUUUAUGUUACAUUGGAAAAAUAAAUUAA